AAGUUGUUGUUGAGACGGCGGGGCGCUAAGAUGGCGGCGGCGGCGGCGGCCGUGGCGGGGGCGGGGCGCGGCGGCGGCGGCGGCGGCGGCGGCGGCGCGGAGCCCGGGCAGGAGCGGAACCGGGCCCGGAGCUGGGCCGGUGCCGAGCGCAACGAAGGCCGAAGGUGUGACCUUGGGGGAGACCCCGGGGAGGAGCUGGAGGAGGAGGACUCUCCGGGCGGCCGUGAGGAUGGCUUCACCGCGGAGCACCUGGCUGCCGAGGCCAUGGCCGCUGACAUGGACCCCUGGUUGGUGUUCGAUGCCCGUACCACGCCCGCCUCCGAGCUGGAUGCCUGGUUAGCCAAGUACCCACCGUCCCAAGUCACCCGCUACGGGGACCCCAACUCGCCCAACUCCGAGCCUGUGGGCUGGAUUGCAGCGUACGGGCAGGGCUACACCCCCAACUCUGGCGACGUGCAGGGCCUGCAGGCGGCCUGGGAGGCCCUGCAGACCGGCGGGCGGCCCAUCACCCCCGGCACCCUUCGCCAGCUGGCCAUCACCCACCACGUGCUCUCGGGCAAGUGGCUGAUGCACCUGACGCCUGGCUUCAAGCUGGACCACGCCUGGGCCGGCAUCGCCCGGGCUGUGGUGGAGGGCCGGCUCCAGGUGGCCAAAGUGAGCCCGCGGGCCAGGGAGGGUGGGCGCCAGGUCAUCUGCGUUUACACGGACGACUUCACGGACCGCCUGGGUGUGCUGGAGGCGGACGCCGCUAUCCGUGCAGCGGGCAUUAAGUGCCUGCUCACCUACAAGCCUGACGUCUACACCUACCUGGGCAUCUACCGGGCCAACCGUUGGCACCUCUGCCCCACUCUGUACGAGAGCCGCUUCCAGCUGGGGGGCAGCGCGCGCGGCUCCCGCGUGCUGGACCGCGCCAACAAUGUGGAGCUGACUUAGGGGCCGCCUGCGGAGCCCGCCCUCUGCGCCCCGCGGGGCUGGAUCGUCCUGUCUUCCUCCUCCUGCCCCACGGGGCCAAGCCCCGGCUCUGAGGACGAGGUCGAGCUGGAACUGCCUGCAUCUUCAACCCCUUUGAACUUCUGCCCUCUGUGCAGGGCCGGCCGACGCCCCGUCAGGUUCCCUGAGGGCCGGACCCUCAGACUGUCUCUCAGCUGCUGCCCCUCUGCCAUCCAGAACCACAGUCCGGGGCCAGACCUCCAGGACGAGGCCCCUCCUUGGCCAUCCUCAUCCUCGGUUUUACCUCCCCUUCCCGCAUCCCCCCUCUUCUCUUUCUCGCUCACAAGAGAGAACACUUAGUGCUUCCAGUCCCUCUCCCAGGAGCGGAGGCCCUGCAGGCCCGAGCAUGCCACUUUCUGGAGGGAGGGAGGGAGGGAGGGUGAUCGCACCCACUCAGCCCUGGGCAAAGGGGAUGCCAGGGCCAUGGACACGGGGUCUCCCCCUCCCUGUCGCCUCACAGUCUGCACCCCCUUCCCCCUUCCUUCACUACCUUGUCAUGUGCCUGCUCUUGGCAUUUCAAUAAAACCCAGCUUGGGUCUG